AUGGGUCUUUUACAUGUCUUCAGCUCACAUUCUGCGGCUCUGGCUAAUCCCUUCUUUCAGUCUUCCAUCCUGGAACCCAACACGCAUAUCACGACCAAUGAUGUGGACAAACGUUGGAAGUACCGUGUUGGAUGGCUGCGUCUUUGCCAUGAACGAGUCAUUACGUCUCCGUCUUCGGGUAAUGUCUCAGAACGCGACUUGCAAGAUCCGGCAUCUCGAACCAGCAUCACUCUAGACAAGCAUCAUAUCGCCUAUCGAGGCUCUUAUGGGAGCAAUUUUCUGACCCUGGCGUAUCGAACGCAGCGUCGGUAUUUGAGUAGCCCUCCUGAAGAUCAUUUCCGUGUCCUUGUCAACGGUGUAUUUGAUCCAGAACAACAGAAAGCACACGCCAACACAUGGGCAGAGGCCGUUGUCGAUAUCCAUCACGCAAUCCGUGGAAUCCCUAGUUUACGCGGCAUUGGCAUCGAGCUUCAUGAUAGGAUGUAUGAAGUGUCUCUGCAUCUUGACGAUUUUCCACCUCAUUCUGAACAAACUUUAGAAGCAUGGAUGACCCAAUAUCGACCUCAAAUUUUUAACAAGUUCGAAAGUCUGCCUAGACUUUGGCAGGCCAUGGCCCUACUGGGUCUAAAGGCAUUGAACGAACACACCGAAGACCACAAAUGCGUCUCGUGGUUUGACGCAAUUGAAACAGAAAACGCCUUGUGGAGAGACUUGGAAGCAGAGCUUGUCCCCAUGCUGCCAGAUAAUGUCUCUGUUGAGAUAUGGCAAGCUAGAAAUAAGCUCUUAUACGACGAUGACUUGCCGACUGUUGACACGGUCAAGGACCUUCAAAUUGAGGAUUUCGUUUCCCCCCCCCCAAAAUCUGGAACUAGCCUUUACCAUUCGACGCCGUGGUAG